AUUCCAAAUUCCAAUCCGCCACUCCGGUAACCUUGUUUAUACUUCACAAAACCCUAGGUUUUCAAACCAGAGAAACACCGGAGAGAUAACAAGAUGUCGGCGACGCUACUGGAAGCGACUCGCGCGAAUCACGAGGAAGUCGAGCGCCUCGAGCGCACAAUCGUCAAGGAUCUCCAAAACGAUCCUACUUCCAACAGGGACCGUCUUUACCAGAGCCACCGCGUUCGCAGUAUGAUUGAUCAAAUCUCCAGCACUACUUACAAACUUAUUGAGAUAUACGAGGACAAGGACAGUGCGAGGAAAGACGAGAUUGCGGCUCUCGGAGGCCAGACGGCUAGCGGAAGUAGCGUGUUUAGCGUGUUUUACGAUCGAUUGAAAGAGAUUCGGGAGUAUCAUAGGCGUCAUCCUUCUGCUCGUGUUGUUGAUGCAACGGACGAGUAUGAGCAGAUGCUUAAGGAGGAACCUCUGAUUGAGUUCAGCGGCGAGGAAGCAUCCGGUCGCUACCUUGAUCUGCAUGAACUGUACAAUGAUUAUAUCAAUUCUAAAUUUGGAGAGCCAAUAGAAUACUCUGCCUACCUUCAAGUGUUUCCACAAACACAAAAGAUACCUCGCAAAUUGAAGUUGACAAGGCAAUACAAGGAGUAUCUGAGCAAAUUGCUGGAGUAUCUCAUAAGUUUCUUUGAACGGACAGAACCUUUGCAAGACCUAGAAAGAAUAUUCUCAAAGGUAAGCACUGAGUUGGAGGAGCAAUGGGCCACUGGUAUGGUGCAAGGUUGGGAGAAUGACACCCAUGAGAAUGGACAUGAUCCAUCUCAACACACUGCCAUUGAUCUUGAUUACUACAGCACAGUUGAAGAGCUCAUCGAGGUGGGACCUGAGCGGUUAAAGGAGGCUUUGGCAGCACUAGGACUAAAGACUGGUGGUACUAUUCGUCAGCGUGCAGAGAGGCUUUUUCUUACCAAGGACACACCUCUUGAAAAAUUGGAUAAAAAGCAUUUUGUGAAGGGUUCACAUAGAUCAGUACAAAACGGUGCUGCUUCAACUCCACAAGAAACUAAUGACUGCAAAGAGAUUGCCUUGAUGGAAGCUAAGAUGGAAAAGCUAUGUGACCUGUUACAUGAGACAAUAGUACGCACAAAAGAAAAUGUUGAGAAGAAGCAGGCUCUCACAUAUGAAGAAAUGGAAGCAGAAAGAGAAGAGGAUGAGGUACAAGCCGACACUGAAAGUGAUGAUGACGAGCAGCAGAUCUAUAAUCCUCUGAAGUUGCCAAUGGGUUGGGAUGGGAAGCCUAUACCUUAUUGGUUGUAUAAGCUUCAUGGUCUUGGUCAGGAGUUCAAAUGUGAAAUCUGUGGAAACCAGAGUUACUGGGGCCGUAGAGCCUACGAGCGCCAUUUCAAGGAAUGGAGGCAUCAGCAUGGGAUGCGUUGUCUUGGUAUUCCAAACACCAAGAACUUCAAUGAAAUCACAUCAAUUGAGGAAGCUAAAGAAUUGUGGGACCGUAUUCAAGAACGUCAAGGAGUGAACAAGUGGCGUCCAGACCUUGAAGAAGAGUACGAAGACCAAGAGGGUAACAUAUAUAACAAGAAAACAUAUACCGAUCUGCAGCGCCAGGGGUUGAUAUAAAUAUCAACUUCAAAUCAUGACCAAAGAAGAUGUGAUGGUUAUCUGACAGUUCUUCCUUUGGGGACAUGGAAGUUCUUUUAUGCAGAAGAGACGGAAGGAAACUCAAAGUUGCUGUUUUUAGACUAAGUUUGAUUAUGAACCAACGUUAUGGCACAAUUUGCACUACCUUCUAAUACUUUCAUAUUUAGAAUGUAAUACAUUUACUGCAACAGGUUGUAUGCCAAUUGCCAAGAGUACGAAGCCUUUCUCAUAGAACAUCUAUAGUUUACUAAUGUCUACUGUGUCGCUCCAUUAUGUUCACUUACUGUUUAUCUUAUGGCAUGAUUGUUGUAACUGCCAGGCCUUUUUUAAUUUCUGAAGAAUUUUUAACUUUGCAGAAACGUCCUUGUGUAAAGUGCGGAUACAUUAGCUGUGGCUGGAUCUUUAUGAACUUCAAGUUCAGAUUAAUACUGCGGGGCACUGCAAACUUGUGUAGGGCUUAUACAAGUAUGUAGGGUUGUUCUCGGACUUGAUAUUUGUAUUAACUAUUUGAAAUGGUUCAUGGGUCUCUUCCAUGUAUAUUUAUGGCCAACUGGAUUGUUGAUUCUUGGUUAGUGGCAAACUAAAAAGGUUUUUUCCAA